AUGGUGGCCGUCUACACCCGUGGAUGUGCUACCCACUUCACCUUCAUCUUCACCUUCAUCUUCACCUUCAUCUUCACCUUCAUCUUCACCUUCAUCUUCACCUUCAUCUUCACCUUCAUCUUCACCUUCAUCUUCACCUUCAUCUUCACCUUCAUCUUCACCUUCAUCUUCACCUUCAUCUUCACCUUCAUCUUCACCUUCAUCUUCACCUUCAUCUUCACCUUCAUCUUCACCUUCAUCUUCACCUUCAUCUUCACCUUCAUCUUCACCUUCAUCUUCACCUUCAUCUUCACCUUCAUCUUCGUCACCUUCUUAGCCUCUGUUCUUUCACUCUUAUGUUCCCUUUUAAUAUUCACAAUUCCGCGAGAUAACUUUAGACCAUUCGCCACUCGCCCAGAGGGAACUUAUGACAGAAACUAA